CGGCCUCCGCCAGACCGUACCAUCUCCCGGGGGGAGUCACUUCUCUUUGUAUCUUCUGAAAGCACGGGGACGCAACUCCUGUGUUUGCUGGGCCUUCGUUCGCUCCUGUAACCGUGUCUCCGCGCUCUCCCGCUCCCCGGUAUCUGCCCCGCAGUCUUUGAGAGAAGCGCCUCUCCCCCGCCACUUGCUCCGGUCCUUGUCGCCUCAGAAGGAGAAGACCGCCGCCAUUUUGUAUGCUGGCGGGAGACUGAGCGGAGAAACCGAAGACCGGGGAGAGCAGCCCGUGCACACCUGAGCUGCCCGGAGCGUCACACGAGGGGCCCGAGGCCGCCGGCAGCCAUGUACAUCAAACAGGUGAUCAUCCAGGGCUUCCGCAGCUACAGAGAUCAGACCAUUGUGGAUCCCUUCAGUUCUAAGCACAAUGUGAUCGUGGGAAGAAACGGAUCCGGCAAAAGCAACUUUUUCUACGCCAUUCAGUUUGUCCUGAGUGAUGAGUUCAGUCACUUACGCCCGGAGCAGCGCCUGGCUCUCCUACAUGAAGGAACAGGGCCCCGCGUCAUUUCUGCUUUUGUGGAAAUCAUAUUUGAUAACUCUGACAACCGACUGCCGAUUGACAAGGAGGAGGUUUCCCUUCGAAGAGUUAUUGGGGCCAAAAAGGAUCAGUAUUUCUUAGACAAGAAAAUGGUGACUAAGAACGAUGUUAUGAAUCUGUUGGAAAGUGCUGGAUUUUCUCGCAGUAAUCCUUAUUACAUCGUGAAACAGGGCAAGAUUAACCAAAUGGCCACUGCCCCAGACUCUCAAAGGCUGAAACUGCUCCGUGAAGUCGCCGGGACCAGAGUAUACGAUGAGCGGAAAGAAGAAAGUAUCUCACUAAUGAAGGAAACUGAGGGUAAACGAGAGAAGAUUAAUGAACUGCUGAAAUACAUUGAGGAGAGGCUGCACACUCUGGAGGAAGAGAAGGAAGAGCUAGCGCAAUACCAGAAGUGGGAUAAGAUGAGGAGGGCCCUUGAGUACACCAUCUACAACCAGGAGCUGAAUGAGACACGGGCCAAGCUUGACGAGCUAUCGUCAAAAAGAGAGACAAGUGGUGAAAAAUCAAGGCAGCUGAGAGAUGCACAGCAGGAUGCCAGAGAUAAAAUGGAGGAAAUUGAACGUCAAGUGCGAGAGUUAAAAUCAAAGAUUUCUGCAAUGAAAGAAGAGAAGGAGCAGCUGAGCUCUGAAAGACAGGAACAGAUAAAGCAAAGGACCAAACUAGAGCUGAAAGCAAAGGACCUGCAGGAUGAACUGGCUGGGAACAGCGAGCAGAGGAAACGUCUCUUAAAAGAGAGACAGAAAUUACUGGAAAAGAUUGAAGAAAAGCAAAAAGAGCUGGCAGAGACGGAGCCCAAGUUUAGCAGUGUUAAACAGAAUGAAGAAAGUGGCAUUGCAAGAUUGGCACAAGCUACCCAGGAGAGAACAGAUCUAUAUGCCAAGCAAGGCCGUGGCAGUCAAUUUACAUCUAAAGAAGAAAGAGACAAGUGGAUUAAAAAAGAACUGAAGUCCUUAGACCAGGCCAUAAAUGACAAAAAACGGCAGAUCGCUGCAAUACACAAAGAUCUUGAAGACACCGAGGCAAAUAAGGAGAAAAAUCUAGAGCAAUACACAAAAUUGGAUCAAGAUCUCAGUGAAGUCAAAGCUCGAGUGGAAGAAUUGGACAAGAAGUACUACGAAGUUAAAAAUAAGAAAGAUGAGUUGCAGAGUGAGAGAAAUUACUUAUGGCGAGAAGAGAAUGCAGAGCAACAGGCACUCGCUGCGAAGCGAGAGGAUCUGGAAAAGAAACAGCAACUUCUUCGUGCUGCAACCGGAAAGGCUAUAUUAAAUGGCAUUGACAGCAUUAAUAAGGUCCUGGAGCACUUCAGAAGGAAAGGCAUCAACCAGCACGUCAUUAACGGCUACCACGGGAUUGUCAUGAAUAAUUUUGACUGUGAGGCGGCUUUCUACACUUGUGUUGAGGUCACUGCUGGGAACAGGCUGUUCUACCAUAUUGUAGAGUCAGAUGAAGUCAGCACCAAGAUUUUGAUGGAGUUUAACAAGAUGAACCUUCCCGGAGAAGUUACUUUCCUUCCUCUGAACAAAUUGGAUGUGAGAGAUACAGCAUAUCCCGAGACUAAUGAUGCUAUUCCAAUGAUUAGCAAGUUACGAUACAACCAUCGCUUUGAUAAAGCAUUCAAACAUGUUUUUGGGAGAACUCUGAUCUGUCGCAGCAUGGAGGUGUCCACGCAGCUGGCCAGGGCAUUUACAAUGGAUUGCAUCACUCUCGAAGGGGAUCAGGUCAGCCAUCGUGGUGCACUGACCGGCGGUUACUAUGACACAAGGAAAUCUAGAUUGGAACUGCAGAAAGAUGUCCGGAAGGUAGAGGACGAGCUCCACGCUCUGGAGGCAAAAUUGAACGAGAACUUGAGGAGGAACAUUGAGAGGAUUAAUAAUGAAAUCGAUCAGCUGAUGAAUCAGAUGCAACAGAUCGAAACCCAACAGAGAAAAUUUAAAGCUUCCAGGGACAGUAUCCUGUCCGAGAUGAAAAUGCUGAAGGAGAAACGACUGCAGUCAGAAAAGACGUUCAUGCCAAAGCAACGGAGUUUACAGAGCUUGGAGGCCAGUUUACAUGCAAUGGAGUCGACCCGGGAAUCGCUGAAAGCCGAGCUGGGAACAGACUUAUUGUCUCAGCUUAGCCUGGAUGACCAGAAGAGGGUGGAUGCUCUGAAUGAUGAGAUUCGACAGCUACAGCAGGAAAACCGACAACUUUUGAACGAGAGAAUCAAGCUGGAAGGGACAAUCACCCGUGUGGAGACUUAUCUGAAUGAGAACCUGCGCAAGAGAUUGGACCAGGUGGAGCAGGAACUGAAUGAGUUGCGGGAAACGGAAGGAGGGACGGUUCUCACAGCGACUACUUCUGAACUGGAGGCCAUCAACAAACGGGUGAAGGAGACACUGGCGCGGUCAGAUGGUCUUGAUGUUACCAUCGAUAAAACUGAAGCAGAGAUAAAAGACCUUGUGAAGAGUAUGGAUCGGUGGAAGAACAUGGAGAAGGAUCAUAUGGACGCCAUUAACCAUGACACAAAAGAACUGGAGAAAAUGACCAACCGGCAAGGCAUGCUUCUGAAGAAGAAAGAGGAAUGUAUGAAGAAGAUAAGAGAGUUGGGCUCACUUCCUCAGGAGGCUUUUGAAAAGUAUCAGACCCUGAGUUUAAAGCAGUUAUUUCGUAAGUUAGAGCAGUGUAACACCGAGCUGAAGAAGUACAGCCAUGUCAACAAGAAGGCCCUGGACCAGUUUGUUAACUUCUCGGAGCAGAAAGAGAAGCUGAUUAAACGUCAAGAGGAACUUGACCGAGGCCAUAAAUCAAUCAUGGAGCUGAUGAAUGUCCUGGAACUCCGCAAAUAUGAAGCCAUCCAGCUGACGUUCAAGCAGGUGUCCAAGAACUUCAGUGAAGUGUUCACAAAGCUGGUGCCGAGUGGUAAGGCCACAUUGGUGAUGAAGAAAGGAGAUGUGGAAGGAAGUCAGUCUCAAGAUGAGGGGGAGGGCAGUGCGGAGAGCGAGAAGGGUUCCAGCUCGCAGAGCAGCGUGCCGUCUGUCGACCAGUUCACUGGCGUAGGGAUACGGGUGUCGUUCACGGGGAAACAGGCAGAGAUGAGAGAGAUGCAGCAGCUCUCCGGAGGUCAGAAGUCUUUGGUGGCAUUGGCUCUGAUAUUUGCCAUCCAGAAAUGUGAUCCAGCUCCCUUUUACCUUUUUGAUGAGAUUGACCAGGCUUUGGAUGCUCAGCACAGGAAGGCCGUGUCAGAUAUGAUCAUGGAACUUGCUUCUCAUGCUCAGUUCAUUACGACGACUUUCAGGCCAGAACUGCUGGAAUCUGCUGACAAGUUCUAUGGGGUGAAAUUUAGGAACAAGGUCAGUCAUAUUGACGUGAUCACAGCCGAACAGGCCAAGGACUUUGUGGAGGAUGACACUACCCACGGCUGAGUGCCGCCCCCUGCAGGACGCUGUACAAAGUGUUACCCGGUGUCAUAUUUGCACCAGGUUCUGUAUAUUUAUAACUGUAUAAUUUCGCUCUCAUUUGGUCUCGUUUCAGGAGCUGUUUUAAUACGUUGUAGCGCAGAUUUUUCAAUGUUUUGUACCAUGAAGUUGCGCUAUUUCGUCGUUACGCGGUUUUAUGUAUCUGUUUGUUUCUGAUUCCCGCGCCAUGUUUUUAUGCUUUACCAUUUGCAUUUCAAGCCUUGUUUUUACCAUUCCUGCCUUGUGUGAACCUUUUAAGUAGCGUCAAUAAACUGUUGAUUUUAUGGCUUUGGUUAAUAAA